UAUUCAAAAUAAAUAUUGACGAAACGUUGUUUUUGAAUUUGAUUUUAUUAUUUUUUUGUUAAAUUAAUAUAAUUAUUAAUGGAUGAGCUGCGCGGGCCAAACAUUCAAAUAGUUCUUCAUGUGAAAGAAGGACUAGGAUUUGGUUUUCUUCGAAUUCCUUUUAUAGUAAGUGGUUCUUUGAAUGGUUAUAUGUUGGAGACGGAUCCAGUAGUUCCAACACAUGCACCAAUUUUUGAUGCCGAACUAGUUUGGGAAGCUGACAAAAGAAGGUUUAGAAGCCUCCGUGUACAGAAUGUUCCCGUCAAAGUGGAGGUGUAUACCAUGGGAACACAAGGUCGGAAAGAUAAAGUUGGAUACUUACUACUCAGUCUGCUCAGUGCACAACCAUGUCCAUCAAAUAAAGUUAUAGAUAUAAAACACACAUGGCACAGGCUGCUAGGUGUAAAGUCUGAGGGUAAAUGCUGCCAUCCACAGUUGCUAUUAAGUCUAUCUAUUGAAGAUCGAAUGAACACACCAACUCCUAGGAACGAGUUAAGGAUGUUCCACAGCAAUGAAGUGACAUAUCCCUCUACUUAUUCCACUGACAAUAAGAUUACUGGAAAGUCAGUUCUUCUUACCCUAAAUGAGUAUUUAGAAGAGAGUAAAAAGACUGUAACUUCCCCUGAUCUUAAACCAAUAUUGAUGUGCGAGGAAGGUCUCAUACAAAUUGGCAGCGGCAGACAUUUGUUUGUACUUAGUCUUGUUAUUGGCUCUGUGGAAAAUUUGGAUUUGCUUUUACCAAGCAAUAUGUCUCACAAAACUGCCAACUGCUACAUCACAUAUUCUGUUUUCACACAUAACAUUAUGACCGAUAGGGUUGGUGCAACGUUGGGUACCAGUGGUGCAAAUGUCCAGUUCAACCAGCGAUCAUCAUUGCGCCUGCGCGGUUCGCUGGUAGCGCUGAGCCAAUAUUUCGCUGAGUGUCCACACCUCGUUACACGGCUCUGUGCUGGAGAUGAUGACAUAGGUAUUUGCAGUAUGGACCUUCGUAAACUGGUUCCCACAGAGAAUACUGAUGACUUUCUAUCUAAGUUCUGUAACGAGCAGCGAGCCCUGACUAUACAUGAACGGUGCUUCAUAUUGCGCUGUGACGGAGUCAUCAGAGAGGAAGGUAGACGUCCGUAUGUGGAUGUGGAAAUGAGUUUGAAGUAUCUAGGACUGCAGGAUAAAGAGAAACCGAAAAAUCUCACAGCUCGCAGUGCCACUCAGUUGAAAAGCACUGCACAGCGCGACCCUAUGCCUCCUGACGCUACCAUAGACUACAAGAGUGGUAGUUGUACUGAUUUUGAUCAAAAUGUUGGAGGUGUGGCUUAUACUAACAUAGCUGCCAGUAAUACUGCAAGGUAUAAAGACGCGACAGGCGACUCAAUUUUAAAGUCAAAUGAACUCGCUGAACUAAUAAAGAAAAUGUGCGACUCUUUCGCACAAAGCCAGGAACGAAUCCUGGCGUUCCGCUCUAGACCACUUACCAGCGAUAUGCAAGUACAAUGCGAGUCAGUACAGCAGCAUGAGGUCACUGAUGUGAACCAAGCGGUUACACUUGAGGACAAUACAAAGAAAGUGGAGUAUAAUACUGUAGAAAAUAAUGUUAAAAAACCAUGUGAAUACAUUAAGCUGGAGACAUGCAAGAGUGAUACAUGUAUAUCACAAAAUGAGAAAGUAAAAUUGCUGGUCUCCUCGACUGACCGUGACGCCAUCAUGCAGAGAUUUGUCGAUGAACUAGAGGAUUGGAAAGAGAAGCAACAGGAAUUAUAUAAGUGUCAAUUAAAACGAAAGGAGGAAUACCAUCUUGAGCUACUGGCAAAGGAGUGGGCGAAGAAACGCGUAGAGUUAGAGUCCAAGCUGACGCGUGGGAUUGAACAGUGCCGUACACUCGCUGCUGACCUUGCGCAGGCCUCUGACGACUUUCGCCUGCGGGGGUACCGCAAUGUCGACAGGGAGAAAAAGUUAUUGGAAGCCAAAAAAGCGCUAGAAGCACAUUAUACAGCUAAAUAUCAAGAGUUGCGGGAGGCGUCUCAGAAGAUGGAAGAUGAUAUGAACCACCAGUUGAAACUGAAAGAUAUGACGAUUGAAGAGUUGGAGAUGAAGGUGCAGCAGUUGGAGAAACAGUUGGAAGUGGUAAAGGCUAAUUUGAAGAAUUGUGAAAAGGAUGCUGAGAGCAGAUAUUCAGGGCUGACGAAGGAUCAAACUGCUAGUCUUAUUCAAGAACUGCGUUGUUUAGAAGAAAAGUUAGACAGCGCGGUGCAGUCAAAAGCUUUCUUUAAAGAGCAGUGGGGUCGCGCCGUUCGUGAACUGCAUCUAAACAAACUGCAGUCUCGCAAACAAGUGCUCACUCAACUGCAGUCACAUCGCAGAGAGCUCAGCGACAUGGGAUUGGACACAAUUCAAGAUCAAGACGAAAUGAAAACGAAUCAUAUUGUUGACAUAAAGAAAUUAAAAGAUGAUUUCUUAGUAGAUAUAUUAGCCAAUACUCCAGCAUUAGAAUCUCAUUCUAUUAUUAGUGACUCAAUCCCUGACGGUAUGGAUAUGUUUGAAGGUAUUAAAAACAUCCCCAAGAAUCCAGUUAAUGACAAGUUAAAUGAUCUAAUAGCUCAAAGGGAUCGCCUUAUUCAGCAAGACAACCCAGAUGAAGAUCGUCUAAAGCAACUCAACCAUGAAAUACGAAACAUGCUGCUGAAUUGUGGCACCUGACUGAAUAUAUACUAAUUCUGGUUGUAAAACGUAAAAGCAAUAGUAAAAGCAAGAAGUUUUGGUUUAAUUAAAUAGACUAUGCAGUUUUAUAGAUCAAUAUUAACAUUCUGUCUUUUCACCAUUGUCUCCUAUCACAAUUGGAUUAGUCAAUAGAAAGAGUUGAACAUUGUUGAUCUCACUAUGUCUUCUAUUUAAUCCCGCUAUACUUGUAUAAUAAUUGUAGUUACUUUAUAAUGUCGGCGAAUUAAUGUCUAACAAGAAUGAAGAAAUAAGCGGCGUUCAUUACAGAGGUCCAGCUGAUAAAUUAUGAAAUGA